AGGACAUGUGCUGCCCGUCACUGUUGUGUAUUCACUUCUGUCAAUGUGUCGUUUGUUAAUGUCGCUGUCUCAAACAAAAACAGGACACAAUUAGCGCACGUUUUGCGGCACUUCUGAGCGUCAGCGUACAGAGAGGGUGAGCUAAGCAGAUAGCUAGGCAGCUAACGGCUAACACCGAGGUGUCAGUUGUGGCCAGUCGCUGGAAAAGAACACAACAGCUGAGGUGUUUCAUUACCACACGAGUCACACACGCACGUAACGUUAAUAUUGUUUCAACUGCCGGCGGAAAAAAAGACAGUUGUCAUAGUAACAGUCAAUCAAGUAAAAGACGAUUUGAUCAGAUUGAGUGAAACAGGUUUAGAGAUGAGAGCAUUUGUGUAGACUUGUCACAGACUAGCAUAACACAACACAAACUGUAUGUAUUUAUUUCAAACACGUGCAACAUUUACAAUGACAACACAUUAACGUUUACAUCUCGUCACAUGUUUGAAAUGGAUUAGGCAGAAGUAUAAACUUGUACCUAUCCCAUUCCUAUUUCACACAACUCAAUUUAUGUACUACUUUAUCCCAUCACCAGAUAUUUACAUAAUUACAGUGUGUUAUACAAUGUUCUUAAUGUUCUCAGUUCAGCACAAGAAUAUGUCUGGCUUUAAACUGAUUUAUGUUUUCACUCUGCUUUAAUUUAUCUGUUUGUUCCAUAAUUUAACCCCCAGGAUUGAGGCACACACACUUUUUAAUGUUGUCCUGGCACACUGCAUUUUUAAAUUUAGCUUCCCUCUUAAAUUAUAUCCCCCUUGUCUCUCUGAGAACAGUGUCUGUAUUUUAUGUGGAUGUAAAUCAUUUCAGAGAUUGUAUUUUUAAGAAGAGUUAAUCCAGGAGAAACUGUUGAAGCUUUUAGUCAUCACUAUACGCUUGUCCUGACAUUACUGUACAUAAUAAACCGUGUCAUUUACUACUUACGUACUUCCUAUUGUUAAAAUAUGUCACAAAGGUAUUUGAUAAAUUAUCCACUAAUUAGAAUAAUUGUUAGUUUAAUAAUUACAUGGUCAGAUAAAUGAGUAUGUAGAACACUAAAGGAAUAGUCAAUAAAAUCAAGUGACUUAUUAACUGUAAAUUAAACUUGUUUAUCUCUCUCUCUCGACAUGUGAUUUACACUUAACAGAGGAAGAUCCCUGACACCUGUAAAUGGUUGGCAACCUAUGCAUGCAUAAAACAAGGAAAAGAAAUAACAGUGUUAAAGUUUAUUGAGCUUCCAACUCUGCCAAGGUUUUUUAACUAGCAUUUCUAUCAAUCUUUUACAAUAGUAUGUAGUAGAGAAAAUGGAAAUUCAAUGCUGUACAUUAAGAUUUAAAAAAUCAAAAGGGUGGCGUCAGAUGGUUGUCAUAUUAGCAGUCAUGUAGAAGAUUAUUUGAUAAUAUUUGUUGCAUCAGGAGCAGAUAAACUGACUAAAAUUGUUUUCAAAAUGACAAUGUUCAGGAUGUAUAUUUUGAGUGUUAUUAUUUGAAAAAUAACAGCAUUGCAUAUUUAAUUGUGUUUUUUUAAACUGUGCCGUAUCUUAAUAUGUUUUCACAAUGACAUGUGGAAAAUGGAGAAUCUGUGGCUCAGCGCUCUAAGCCAAGUUUCCACAAUAUUCCCCUUAAGUGUCAAAUCAGAGGCUGCAAACUGUUCAAGGCGAUCCAUGAUGGACUCCAGCUCUCGCCGGCUUCCUUUUUGUCUGUCCAGCUCGCGCUCGUCCUACACAUCCACUCCCUCCUCAUCGCUGGGCUCCAGUAGGUUGUACAGUCGGGAGACGGUGCUGAGUAAUGACCGCUUGCCCAGGGUUUCAUCAUCUUACAAAACAGACCUGGACCAGCAGAAUUCUCGUCUCCUGAGUUCCACCAGAGAUUACAGCAGCUCCAGCAGUCGCUCCGCGAGCUGGAAGUUACCCACGUCUCUGGCGUCCUCCAGCAGAUCUUAUGAUCGCUCCUGGAAUGAUUCCGCUCUUAGCAGCAGGAGUAAACUGAGUGAAUCUGAUGGGAGGUUGGGAUUGAGCUCCAGUCUGUUGAACACCAGUGAUGAUGGUGAUUCAAAAAGGGCCAAACUGUUGUACAGCAACAGAGGACUGUACUCAAAAACGUCCAGCACCUCGGCUGCAGGUUCCACUUACUCCAGUCAUGGGCUGAGCAGUGGUAGAGGUUUAGUCGAUAAACAAAAUGACACAUUUGAUUCAUCAUGGAGCUCAAGUUGUUUACUCUCCCGGUCAUCAUCUUCCUCCUCCUCUUCAAAGCCACUGUCGUCCAGGAGAGAGCAGGAGACAAAGUAUGAGCCCAGGCUGUUAAGUCUGGGAGAAAGAAGAAUUGGGACUGCUGGAGUGGCUUCGUCACUGUAUCAGACAGACCGGGUGACUUCCACAUAUGCACAGGGAGCUCGGCCUAAAGAGACUUCCUACUCUUCCUCUUCUUUCUCCCCCACUGUGAGAGAGAGGUCCUUCAAUCACCACCUCUCAUCCUCCACCUCCUCCGCCCAUCGCUCUACUCUCGCACGUGACUUGAGCAGCAGAGCCACAGCCCGUCUGAACACCUCCUCCACCCUGCACUCAUCUCAGGAACAAACAAGAAUCCCUGUAUCCUCCUCAGGUGGACCUUCCUCGUACUCCUCCCACCCUUCAUGGUACACAACCUCCCAGGCCAGACCAGAGGCCACGCUCCCUCCAAGGCCGGCCCCUGAAGGUGCAGAGUCCGAGGGCCGUCGCUCCACGCGGCGCCUACUGUCGCGUUUGUUUUCUCGGCGCUCCAGCCAAGACUCUUCAAGUGGAUCGUCCAGUGUUCGCUCUGUCGACGAUGACUGUCCGUCUACCGGAGGAGAGUCUUUGGAUGGAGAUGAGGGUGGGAGGAGGACCAGUGUGGACUCGAAUGCUGGAGGGUCAGAGACGACCUUGAGUAGCCUCAGGAACCGUAGAGCCGACCUCACGACCAUUCAGGAAAACAACACCGAUGAGUAUCGCAGAGCGUCCAGACUGCCAUCAUGGAGAGAGCCCGGUGUUGGCAGGAGUACCAGCAGCAGCAGUGGCUCCUCCUGGCUUUCCUCCUCACUCCGUGGACGCUGCCCUCCGCUACUCUCUCGCCUCAGAAGACACACACGGGAUCAGAGCGCACGCUCAGCCUCGGGUGUGGAAGAAGAUGCCAGCUGUCCACAGCAUCUCCCGAGGAGGUGGGACAACGUGGAGCACAAAGCGCCGCAGGAAGACGAGGAGGAAGACGACGACGAAGACGAGGAGGAUGAAGAGGAGGAGGAAGGAGCAGUUGGCGUAGACGCCUUUGGAGCACGUCAACCCUGGAGACCCGAGGACGAAACAUUGCCGGAACUUGAAGAUGGCUCCCUCUUUCCAUCACGCCGCAGAAACUCACUCUUCACCUCAGCUUCCAUGAGUCCACUGAGCGGUGUUGAGAACCUGCUGGACAGCCAGAAGGAGAAGCCCGUUUCCAGUAGGGAUCAAGAGAAGCUGCGCAAGAUCAAGGAGAGGCUGCUUCUGGAGGAUUCUGACGAGGAAGAAGGCGACCUGUGCCGUAUCUGCCAGAUGAGGGAAGAAGCGGCUUCUAACCCCUUGAUUCAGCCCUGCCGCUGCACAGGAAGUUUGCAGUACGUCCACCAGGAGUGCAUCAAGCGGUGGCUUUGCUCCAAAAUUGGCUCUGGUUCAAACAUGGAGGCCAUCACAACAUGUGAACUCUGCAAGGAGAAGCUGCGCUUGAACAUAGACAACUUUGACAUUCAGGAGCUCCACAGGACACACGUGCAGUCAGAAUAUGAUGAGUUCAUCAGCAGUGGUCUGUAUCUGGUGGUGCUGCUGCACUUCUGUGAGGAGAGGUUCUCUGAUGUCCUGGGAGCAGUCGAUACAGCCGGGGUAUUCAACCUGGUGAGAGUCCUUCAAGAACACAUGGACAAUCUUCUAAGUGCCAGCGAGGAAAGUGACGGCGAGGUGCGAGACAGCCGACCGUCCAUCGAGUUUUCCGACCUGGACGACGAUCUGGAGGAUUAUUAACGAUGUGGAUAACGGGGGGGAAUGAAAAACUGGGGUCAGUUUAGCUGAAGUCGCAGAGCUACUCCCUGCCGUGUGUAGUAGCUCACCCAGUUUUCACAUAAUGCGCUUUUGUGUUGAUCUGAAAAUGCAAGUGCACAGAGCGCACGUAUCGCUUUCAUUGCAGGUGGCUUUUGCAAAAAAAUAUGCAAACCUGAAAUGAACCAAGUGUGUGUAAAAGAUCCUGUGUGACACUGCUGUAUUUGUGUCUACGAGACUGCACUUUAUUCAAAUGUUAAUAUGAUAAAAAUGCAAGUCUUUUUUAAACCGUUAUACCACAAGUGCUCUAAAGUUUAAAUAAGAGAGGCGGGAAAAAAGUUGUAGAGUGGUACGUAAGGUGUUCAUGCUUAGAUGGUGAUUAUUUACCUUUUGUUUUUUCUGACUGAGAAAAACGAAAAAUGUAAUCAGGCAAAACUUCUUUAUCUUUGUGUCAGUGUCUGAAAUUAUUUAUGUUCAAAUCUGGUGUUAAGGUUUUAAUUUUGGAAAUAAACUUUGAUUGCAGACUGCCA